ACAAACAGAGACACAGAUUGUAUUGAACUGUCAUUUGUGUGGUUGGACUCAGUUUGGCAUCAGUUGUCACACAAUGUUGUCUUCGAUGGUAAGCAGACAUCAGACGAAGCAGAAGGAGAAGAAGGAAGAGAUAGAGUCCAAACGCUUGGAAGCGAUCGACUGUUCCGUGGAUUUGACGGCAAAUCUGGUGAACCAUUUGAAUGAUGGAGUCGCCAAAACAUAUGUCAAUCAAAGAAGACUGGACUCGGAGUCCAAACAAUUGGUUCAAAACGUGACUCAAUUCUCGCGAUCAGUCCAUCAAUGGUUGCAAUUAAUGAAUGCAUUCAACAAAACCGUCAAAGAGUUGGGAGACGUCCACAACUGGUCGCAAACCAUUGAACACGACAUGAGGACUGUCUCAUCAGCUCUCGAGUACACCUAUAAAACCAGACAAUCACUUCCUCCGCAGCCA